AUGUGGUUCCACUCCUUUGCUAUCUUCUGGGAGGCCAUAUCUCUGCAGAUUAUUCUUGGAUUCCUUGCGACAUUUCUUCUCCUUACUGACUACGUAAGACGGAGACGGCCAAGGGGUUUCCCUCCAGGUCCCGUACCUCUUCCUUUUCUGGGCAAUCUGCUUAGUUAUGAUUCCCAGAAGCCUCAUCUCUAUAACCAAAAGCUUGUUGCAAUAUAUGGCAAUGUCUUCAGUUUGCAAUUUGGAAACCUGCAUAUUGUACAUGUGAAUGGACUGCAAGCAGUGAAGGAAGCUCUCAUUCAUCAGGGUGAAAAUUUUCUAGAUCGGCCACAAGUCCCUAUUACCUAUGACAUUUCGAAGACAUUUGGAGUGAUUGUGUCUAAUGGACUGACCUGGAAACAACAAAGACGAUUUGUUUUGUCAAUGCUAAGAAACUUUGGAUUGGGCAAAACAUAUUUGGAGGAACGAAUACAGGAAGAGAGCAGGUUCCUUGCAGCUGCCAUUGGAGAUGAGAAAGGGCAGCCAUUUGACCCCUACCAUCAAAUUAACAAUGCCAUUUCAAAUGUAAUUUGUUCUGUCACUUUUGGGAACCGCUUUGAUUACCAUGACAGCCAGUUCCAGAAGUUGUUACAUUUGCUUGAUGAAACAGGAGUUUUUCUGCGAAGCAUUUUCUGCCUUCUGUACAAUGCUUUCCCAGCUCUCAUGAGGCGAUUGCCAGGACCCCAUCAAAACUAUUUUAAAAACUGUAAACUACUGGAAUCCUUUGUGAGAAAAAUAAUUGAAAAGCACAAAGAAGACUGGAAUCCACUUGAAACAAAAGAUUUCAUUGAUGCUUAUCUAAAUGAAAUGGCCAAGGAGAAUGCUUCUUCCACUUUCCAUAUGGAAAAUCUUCUGCACACAACACUAGAUUUGUUUCUUGCUGGAACAGAAACAACUUCUGCAACCUUGCACUGGGCUGUGCUGUACAUGGCUGUUUAUCCGGAAAUUCAGGCAAAAGUUCAGGCAGAAAUAGACUCCGUGAUUGGCCAGUCUCACCUCCCAGCAAUGGCUGAUAGGGAUAACUUGCCUUAUACUAAUGCAGUUAUUCAUGAAAUUCAAAGAAGAAGUAGUAUCGUGGUCCUAAAUGCUCCUCGGUUGACAACUAAUGACACAAAGGUAGCUGGAUUUCAUCUGCCCAAAGGAACCAUCUUGUUUGCCGACCUGACAUCAGUCUUGUUUGACAAAAAUGAAUGGGAGACCCCAAAUGUAUUUAAUCCCAACCAUUUCCUGGAGAAUGGUCAAUUCAUGAAGAGAGAAGCUUUUAUACCAUUUUCUACAGGAAAGAGAGCCUGUCCUGGAGAGCAGAUGGCUAAAAUGGAACUUUUCAUUAUUUUCACUACCCUACUUCAGAAGUUCACUUUCCAGGCUCCAAAGGGUGUGAAGCUCAGCCUUGACUCCAAGACAGGGCAUGUCCUGAAACCAAAGCCAUACCGAAUAUGUGCCAUCUCUCGUUAAAGCAAAAUAGCAUUGCCAGUUCAGGUGACCUGAU